AUGAGCAUCAUUUUUACUUCCAUGAAUGAUCCUAGGAAUCCUUUAAAAACUCACUUUUCCACUGCUCAUGCCUACCAUAGAUCACAAAGUUCGAGUGUGCAUAUAGCUAAAAUCAUUGCUGUAACAGUGGUGGUUUGUUCUGUGAUAUUGGGAAGCUUUUUAUUGGCUUCAGCUUACGUUAAAGCUAAUGCUUCCUGCAGGCACCUUGAACAGGAACUGGAAUUUUUAGGAGAAGCCGCCGACAGGAUCCAAGGACCUUUACAGCCGGAAGCACUUAUUCAGGAAGCACCGAUUGCACCCAAACAUCAAGCAGAACCUCUCGUUACUGAUGAACCUCCAAAGAAUACCAAAGAAAUAGAAACUAACAGCAUCGAUGAUACAGAAUCGAGCUCUGAGAAUUCAGAUAGUUCCGAAUCCGACGAGAGCGAGCAAGAGGUCCACUUGAAACUACCCGUUCAGAUGGAGCUCGAAGACGUCAUUGGAUCUCUCUUAGAGAAAAACCAGAAAUCCAAGAUGAAUUGUAUUGUUGAGAAAAAGAAAUCUGAAGAGUUUGUGGAUCAUCAACCUAAGACCAUCACAUUGCCUUUCGGACUCAACUUGACGACCAAUCCAAGAUUUGAGAAACUCAGUGGAGAAAGGAUGGUGAUCAUUUGUGAAAGUGGAACUGUUCAGAAGUACGUUUAUUUCAUUUGUUUUUCAAAAGAAUGAAGAUUAUUUACCCUG